AUGGCAGUCGCCGAGAACGGCAGACCGAUUGAAAAUGUCAAGGACAGACCUAAUGGAUACAUGAAUGGAAAUGCCAAUGGCCAUGCAGUCACUUCCACUUCGCUACCUAAGCGGUCCACUGCUGUCAAACCUCGCAAGAGUUGGUCUUCCUGGCUUAUCAGCAACCUCGCCAGAUUGUCCAUCUGGUAUGCUCUUCUGACCGUCAUCUUUCGAUGUCCGGCCACUCCUGAUGCCCUGACCCUCUCCUCCCCACAAGUUUGCAAAUCUUACUUCACCACCAAACAAUACCUGCAGCCCCAUCUCCAACCUUAUUACGACACCUACGCUUCUCCUCACGUUGCAACUGCUCGUCCUUAUGUCGAGCUGCUCAACACCAGAGUGGUCCGCCCGGCCUCGAUGGUCGCACGUCUGAACUAUAACAAGUACGCCGCUCCUCAGAUCCAGACCGCAAAAUCCUAUGGUCAAGCUCAAUGGGAUAAGUCAGUGGUUCCCCAGCUCCAUCAGGCCCAGAACCAGGCUACCGCUCUCUACGACGCAAACUUGGCUCCAUAUAUUGAUCAGCUCGUCCACUUGCUCGCCCCUCACUAUUCCACGGCCAAGGAUACGGUGCUCCACGCCCAUCAACAGUAUCUCCUCCCUUCCUUCGAACGCUCUAAACCAUAUUUCGACCAGGCAUACACGUCCUCCCAAGCAUUUGUUCUCAAUACUGCAUACCCCCUUGCGAGGCAUGCUUGGUCCGAUGUGGUCAUCUUCCUCGAUGGCACCCUCUGGCCCUUGCUCAAAGGCCUGUACAUCCACAACGUGAGACCUCAACUAGUCAUGAUCAACGAGAGGAUCGCAAAGUACCAACAGGGCCGCAAAAUAAAGGCCGCCAUCGACCAGGUCGAUGCAUCAACACCCGUCACACCGACAACAACCCCAUCUGUUGCUCCUGCCGCCACGGGUGUCCUGGAUGAUGUCUAUGCUCUGUUUGAGUCAGAGGAAGACGACAACUUGACCGACAUCGAGAGUGAGCAGACCUCCACCACACAACAGCCCGUCAGACCCCCCAUGGAGACCGCUACCGAGGAACGCAUUGCUGAAGACCUCAUCAGCUGGCAAAAGAAAGUCGCCGUGGCUGCUGACAAGGCCAGCGAGGACCUCAAGGAGAGAGCCGAUGAAAUAAUCUCAAAUCUGGUCAAAAGCGAUCUCGAUGGUCUGGGUCGAGGUCUCGCCAACGCGUUGAACAAGACCAUCGUCAAUGAAAUCGAAAAUGUCAAAUCCAGGAUACAAUCGGUCAUUACUUCUCUAGCUGAUGACGCUGGGCCUGACGAGAUUCGAAAAGCCGCUGAAGACAUACUGGCCACCAUUAGGACUUCGGGGUUCGAGAUCAAAGAACGGGCUAAGAAAGUGCGCGAGUGGCAACAAAUGUUUGUGAGAGGUCUCAUACAACGGCUGACCACAGCCUCCGAAUCUACCCUGGAAGUUCUCGACAGUAUCAAGGACCUCGGCCUCCAGGAAGUUGGCUUGCGGUGGGCCUGGAUGGAAGGUGUCACUUACAAGCACUGGGAAAAGUAUCAUGCUGUUCGAGUGCAGCUGGAUGAAUGGCGGCAAGAAGUGAGCAGCGUGGCGCUGGCCCAUCCUGAUGCGGAACAAGCCCUCCUCACGGCUGAACAAAUCUUGGAAGAAAGUAUGGCCAUCACAGAGGACGCGGCCAAGGAGCUUAUUAGGCUCAAAUCCGUCGCUCAGUGGAAGCUCAAAGCACGAGAUGCAACCGAUGAUUUCGAAACCCGUGUUGUCCCCGCUGAGGCACAAUCUGCCGCCUCGAGCCUGGCAUCUGAGCUCCAGGGUGCUCAGACAGAUGUCAUUGAUUCCGCUAGCUCGUUGGUAUCUCAAGCAACUGGUGCUGGUGCUGCCGCCCUUUCCUCUGAGUCCUCCAUUCUUGCAGGUUCAACUACUGGUACUGCUGAUUUGGUGGCAUCAGAAGUUAGCGAGUUUGCCGCAGAUAUCAUGGCAUCGGCUUCUUCCUUCGUGAGUGUACCAUCAUCCGACUCGCCACUGUCCGAGGGUAGUGCCACAUCAGGGUUGGUCUCUUCCGCUUCUUCGGCCAUCCUUGGCACCAGCACCGACGUCGUUGAGUCACUGUCUUCCGAGGCAUCUAGCGCAGGUUUAUCAUUGACCGAAAAAACCUUGGCGGCAGCUGAGUCCCCCGGCAGUACCAUAGGAUCCAUGGGAUCUUCAAUUGCCGGCGAGGCCUCUUCAACCUCUGAGACAACGUCAUCACUUGCCAGCGACUCCAGUGAAGAUUUCCUGCAAUCAACAUUGCACGAAGCAGAUGCUGCCAGCUCCUAUACCUCCACCUCGUUCUUCACGGGCGUCAUGGCCCAAGAAGUGAAAGGCUCGCAUCCCAUUCUCGACGAUGUAUUUGACAACGACGGCCCAACCUUCUCGGAUCAGCUCCAGCAAGUGGUCAAUGAUGCUGGUGACAGCUAUGCAGAAGUUACUCGUGCGGUCUCGGAAGCCAUCUACGGCACUCAACAGGGAACUAUCGAGAGUGCUACGUCUGUGGCAAGCGAGCAAUACUCCAGGGCGCUUGAGGCAGCCUCAAGUGCGCUGUACCGCAGCACUCAAGGCACUGGCGAGAGCAUCAUCGGUGCGGCUUCUGAUGCGUAUGAAAAGGCAGUGGAUGCAGCGAGCUCUGUGAUCUUUGGGACACCAGCUCCGGUCACCGAUUCAAUUCUGCAACAAGCCAGCUCGCUGUACAGUGACGCUAUCACCCGCGCACAGGAACAGUAUUCCGCAGCUAAAUCUGUAGCAUCUCUUCAAAUCUCGGGGAGCCCCAAACCCAUUCACGAGCAGAUGUUUUCGUCUAUCGAAAGUGCUUAUUCGGGCGCUCAAGACAUUGCAAGCAGCAGACUCAAAGCCGCUCAAACUGCGGCUGGAGAUCAAUAUAGCUCGCUUGGUCAGGUUGUUGCGAAUGCUCUCCCAACUCAAUACCCACUCGAUUCAGUGACAUACUUGGCUUCAUCAGCUCUGAAGGAUUCUCUGGCUGCCGCAUCAUCACAAUACUCAAAAGCAAAGGCCGCUGUUGGGAUUACCACUGCCCCAGCACACGAGCGUUAUCUCCAAGAUGCGCGCAAAAACUAUUAUGCUGCUGUUGGGCUGGCACAUGAGCAAUAUGCCGAUUUUGUCGCUGCGGCCUCCACCGCCAUCUAUGGUGAACCUCAGCCAGUCCUGAGCAGUCUGUCCAGCGCCGCAUCUGUUGCCGCCUACGGAACCCCGAAACCUGCUUACCAAAGCCUUGUAGAUGCUGCCGCUUCCCAAUACUCAGCAGCUUCAUCUGCUGCAUCUGCAAGUUUGGACUCUUAUCGAUCCUCAAUCAACUCGGCCGCAAACCCAGCACAGAGCUUGUUGGAAAGUGCCCAAGUGGCGUAUUCCAGUGCUUUGAAUGUCGCGACUUUGUCGUUGUCCUCAGCCUCAUCUGCCGCCAGUGUCGCAGUCUAUGGCACUCCUGCGCCAGUCUAUCAAAGUGCUAUGGAUGCCGCCUCUUCUCAGUAUGGAAUUGCAUCUUCCGCUGCCGCUGCAAACUUGGCUGCAUUGCUGUCCUCUGCCUCUUCUGCAGUAGGGGUUGAAGAGAAGUCACCCGCUCAGAGUAUCCUUGACAAUCUUUCAUCCCAAUAUGAUGCUGCUAUCGCUGCCGCUUCUUCUUCUUUGGACGUGGCGACAAGUUCUGUAAGUGUUGCCCUCUACGGUGCACCGACCGGAUCCAUUCAGUCCAUUGCAGGUGUGGCGUCACAGAACUGGGAAGAUCUCGUGGCCAAAGCAAGUCAACGGGUUUAUGGGAGCUCCAAGCCAUUUUAUGAACAGUAUGCUACGCAGGCUGGAGAAUACUCUGCCCAGGUCACAGAUUUCGCCCAGGAUCAAUACAUUGUCAUACAAUCGUUUGUAUCGGAGUUGAUUGUAGGAAGGGAGCCUGACUUUACGGAAUCAGCCCUGAGCCGACUAAGCUCUGCUUAUUAUACCGGCUACCAUCGCGAACUAGCAUCGUCGGCAUCAAGCUACGCAAGCGAGGCAUAUGAAUCUGCUUCCUCGCUGGGUUCUUCGGUUUCUUCAGUCGCAUCCACUUACUUCACCCCACCACCCGAAGUAUCAUCAAUUCUCGAUUCGGUAACUGAGCAACUGAACGCUGCUGUGGAUGCUGCGAGUGUACAAUUUUAUGGCACUUCCAAGGCCAAGAUUGAACAAGCUUCCUCGGCUGUUGCUGAGUCCUACUCCUCAGCAAGUUCUGCCCUCAGCGAGGGCAUCUACGGUACACAGGUGGGCUAUGCACAAGCCGCACAAACUUCCUUCGCAGACGUCGCCCAGAGUGCUCAGGCGGCCAUCUCGAUGGCUAUCUAUGGUACAUCAACAGGAACCGUGGAAUCUGUUACCAGUGCCGCCGCCGAUGGAUAUGCUUCAAUAUCAUCAGUGGUUGCGGAUAAUAUAGCUGCUGCAGGAUCUGCCGUCAAUGAUAUCACUGGUAACGCGGCCAGCCUUGCUGACACUGUGAAGGCUAAAGUCAGCGAGGCGGUCUACGGUCCCGAGCAAAGUGCAUUGGAAAGUGCACAAUCAAAGAUUGCUGAAGCAGUGGAAAGCGCGCGGCAAGCCAUUGCCGCGAUGGCGAGCAGUGUUGGAGACACUGGUUCCGACGCCGCUGAGGCACUUGAAAGUAAGAUUGAAGAGGUGGCCAGCGUGAUCAGCAGCUCAGUCAGUAGCGUCACUAGCUAUGUGAAAGAUGAAUUGUGA